UCCUACUUAAAUCCCUCCUACUUAAAGCACCAAAAGAGGAAAAAAAAGAGAACUAAUACAAGCUAGUCUUCUUCUGUGUUGUAAAGUUGUUACUUAUUAAUGGAAGUAGAAGAUGAUUUGUUUUUUGCAGAUUUGAGCAAGCAAAUCUCUCUUUUAAUAAUGGAUGAUGAUGAAGAUGAAAACUCUUCUGCUUAUCGCCCUUCUCCUCACUCUCUUCAGGUAUUUUCACAAGUAAUCCAUCCAGCUAUAAGAACACCAUAUGUAAAUGAGCAGAAUAGUAGAAGAGAAAGCAAAGGAACUGGAGUUUUUAUCCCUCGUUCUUCACAUCCAAGAAGAAAAAACAGACAAAGCAGACAUUUUUCGUCAAACACCAAGAUCCAAGGACAUACCCAAAGAGAACUUAAUCAAGUCACUUAUAACAAUAGCCUACCUCAUUAUUAUUCACUAAAUCCUAGAAAAUUUUCUUAAAUCGUGUUUAAGAUUCAAGAAUUUACAUUAUAACUAAAUAAGUUAACUAAAAUUUAAUUUUUUGGGGGUUUAUUAAUUGUGUAUAGAGGGAUAUCCUUCUUUUAAUUUGUAGUAGUAUGUUUUAGAGAGGUCCAGCCCAAGGCAAAAGUGCCUCUCUUUGUUAGUGGGAGUUGAUAUUUGUUUCUAAGUUUGAUAUUGUGUAAGCUUCUCAUGGUUGAUUAAAUACAAUUGUUUUUGUUGUUUUA